GGCAUUUUACCUGAGGAAAACCGCUUUUUCGGCCAUAUUUGGAAGGAGACUUUGCUACAAUCGAUGCAUCACCGUCCCUGCACGCCGUUUCGGUACAGAAUACGACGAUGACGGCGAAAAGAAGAUAAGUUUAAAACAUUUUCUGCUACUGAUUUGUCCCCUCACCGCCUUCAGCCUUGGCUACUGGCAAAUUCAGCGUCGAAAAUGGAAGCUGGCGCUACUUGAAAAAAUUGACAAUCUCCUGCCAUCACCUCCGAUACCUCUGCCUAAAGAUGCCAAGGCCAGCACUGAUUUGCCCGAAUUCCAACCCGUUACCGUAGAGGGCCGCUUUGACCACUCACGAGAGGUCCUCAUCGGACCGAGGACUAUCAUAACAGAUGAGAUCCCUUAUGGGGGCUAUGGGAGUGCGUGGGGCUCAAAGCCCCCACCAGACGGUCGCAAAGACUCCAAUCUCAGCAAUUUCGGCGCGCCUUCCGCCACCGGCUUUUUCGUUGUCACACCCUUUGAACUUAAGGACAGACCAGGGACGUUUGUUUUGAUUAACCGUGGCUGGAUUCCAACGUGCACUCGUGAUCCGUUUGCGAGGAAGACCGGUCAAAUUGAAGGCUUCGUUAAAGUCAACGGAUGUAUACGAUACAAUGAAAAGGUGAGUUUUAUAGUCAGACAUAUUUCAGUCAUGAAGAAUACAUAUACUUUCCCAGUCACGCUUCUGCUUAUUAAACAGUUUAGUCUGAAAUUUUUAUGGGUUCCGUUAAAGCAGAACGCAUAG